AGAGUUAAGGUUAGGUUUAAAAUCAGACUGUAAAACAAUACAUUGUCGAAAUGGGCGGUGGUUAAGCCUAAAUUGAAGAUGACAAUAUAUGUUCGACCUAGGGUUUACCAUAAUUAUGAAUUUGUGGCUGUGGUAACUAGUGACGACACCAUGCGUAGCAACAAACCGGCUUGAGUGGAGCUCGAGCUCAACAACGUCAGGGCUGACGACAAAUUAAAUAGGUGUGAUUUGAGAGAUAAAGUGAAGACAGAACGGCACUUGGGGUCCUAAAUAGACACCGCGGAAAAAAUGGCGGACGACCCCAACGCAGCAGACAGGAACGUGGAGAUAUGGAAGAUAAAGAAGUUGAUCAAAAGUCUGGAAGCUGCUCGGGGGAAUGGUACGAGUAUGAUCUCCUUGAUCAUCCCUCCAAAGGAUCAGAUCUCCAGAGUGGCCAAGAUGUUGGCUGAUGAGUUUGGCACUGCAUCCAAUAUUAAAAGCAGAGUUAACAGGCUCUCUGUGCUCGGAGCCAUCACCUCUGUACAGCAGAGACUCAAACUCUACAAUAAAGUGCCUCCCAAUGGCUUGGUUGUAUACUGUGGCACCAUUGUGACUGACGAGGGCAAAGAGAAAAAAGUCAAUAUUGACUUUGAGCCUUUUAAACCCAUCAACACUUCUCUGUAUCUCUGUGACAACAAGUUCCACACAGAGGCUCUUACAGCCUUGCUCUCAGAUGACAGCAAGUUUGGUUUCAUUGUGAUUGAUGGAAGUGGCGCCCUCUUCGGAACCCUGCAGGGCAACACCAGGGAGGUGCUGCACAAGUUCACAGUGGACCUACCCAAGAAGCAUGGCAGAGGAGGGCAGUCUGCCUUGCGUUUUGCUCGUUUGAGGAUGGAGAAGAGACACAACUACGUCCGAAAGGUGGCGGAGACGGCAGUCACGCUUUUUGUUUCCAACGACAAGGUCAACGUAGCAGGCAUGGUCUUGGCUGGUUCAGCUGACUUCAAGACGGAGCUCAGCCAGUCAGAUAUGUUUGACCCGAGGCUACAAGCAAAGAUCCUGAAGCUGGUUGACAUAUCAUAUGGUGGGGAGAAUGGGUUCAACCAGGCCAUUGAGCUGUCCGCAGAAGUGCUUUCCAAUGUUAAAUUCAUUCAGGAGAAGAAACUUAUAGGACGAUACUUUGAUGAGAUCAGCCAGGAUACAGGGAAGUACUGCUUUGGGGUGGAAGACACACUGAAAGCCCUGGAAAUGGGUGCUGUUGAGAUUCUGAUUGUCUACGAGAACCUGGAUACCAUGAGAUACAUCCUACGAUGCCACGGAGCAGAGGGACUUGCUAUGGUGGAGAAGGGUACAGAUGAGAAAACGUUGUAUUUGACACCAGAGCAGGAGAAAGACAAGUCUCACUUCACAGACAAAGAGACUGGGCAGGAGCAUGAGCUGAUCGAGAGCAUGCCGUUACUUGAAUGGUUCGCCAAUAGCUAUAAGAAGUUUGGAGCCUGUCUGGAGAUUGUCACUGACAAGAGCCAAGAAGGAUCCCAGUUUGUCAAAGGCUUUGGUGGAAUUGGUGGGAUCUUGCGGUACAGGGUGGAUUUCCAGGCCAUAGAGUACCAAGGAGAAGACGAUGAGUUAUUUGAUUUGGAUGACUACUAGGUAGUUGAGACUGAAACAAGAAAUUAAUCAAUUGAAAGGCUUUCCCUGAUUUGACCGAAAUACUGGUGGAAGGAAAGCAAGUAGUCAGGAGGGAGACCCAGACCUUCAAAUAAAAGACAUGGACGUGAUGCCGUAUAUCAACGUUUCCCUGACUUGAAGCAGUGACUCAUCACCUGGUUGGAUGGAGCUCGUCUUGGUUUGUUCCGCGUUAAUGACUGAUUCAAAGUGACUGACAGCAAGGCCACACUCCUGCCUGCCUGCUUGGCCUUCUCUAGGCCACACUGAUAGGUUAUACAAAUCUAUUUUUGUCAUCACUCCCCACUUUCUUCUUCCAACUCAAUUUCCCUUUAUUUUUUAACAUUUUUACUGGUACCUGCUUCUGUGUUUUGAGAUUCUGAUUUUGUUUUCCUUUUUUAAAUCAAAUUUAUGUAGAGAGCAAGGAAAUAAUGAUUAAAUUGGAGCUGCUUUACUAUCCCAUACCCUG